ACCUGGCUGAGCACUGACCAGAACCUGGUCCUGAUGGAGGAAGAGAGCAAGAUCUCGGUGUGGGUGUGCCGAGAGGAGAAGCUGGUGUCGGGGCUCACACGCCGUACGACAUGCGCUGAUGUGGUGCGUGUACUUCUGGAGGAGCAGGGUGCCCGGCUGUCGGGCGCACAGCAGUCCUACUGUAUUGUGGAGAAAUGGCGCGGCUUCGAGCGCAUUUUACCCAACAAGACGCGCCUGAUGCGUCUGUGGGCGGCGUGGGGCGACGAGCAGGAGAAUGUACGUUUUGUACUUGUGCGUAAUGACGCUUCUUUGCCAAGCGGACCGCGCAGCGCCGAGGCCAAGGUGGUCCCGAGCAGAGAUAGCCCGGCAGGACCCCGGGGACAUGGCUGGACCACAGUGUCACAGGAAAAACAACGGCGCGUGGUGCGCAAAGCCUUCCGGAAGCUUGAUAAAAUGAACCGGAAAAAAGAACAGGUGGCAAACAAGGAUCAGGCGUCAGUGGAACGAAUGGAGACCUUGGUCCAUCUGGUGGUCUCCCAAGACCACACCAUCCGACAACAACUUCAGCGAAUGCGUGAGUUGGACCGGGACAUUGAGCGUUAUGAGGCCAAAGUACACCUGGAGCGCGUGCAGCGUCACGGCCUCAAUUACGUCCAGGACACGUACCUCCAAGAUGCGUCGGAGAUCGGAACAGCAGAAGACCGGCGCAGCGUGCAGGAAGCGCUAGCGCAGUUUGAGGAGUACGCUCUCUGCUGUGAGGAGCUCGUGCGGGUUCAGGAUGAGCUGACCGAGCGCGAGGAGAUCGUGGACCGUAUCACUGCUGAAAUCCAAGAAGAACUCAAUCACCGCUGGAUGGAGCGCAGGCGUGAUGAAGUGGUACCAGGAGAUGUUUCUGGAGAACAGAUGACAGAGGAGGCUCAUGCAUGUGACGUGGCCGAACCGGAUGGUCUCUCUGAGAAUGAGCUGGCUCUGGAGCAGGAGAGGAUCCGAACUGAGUUGGACACCAGCCUUUACAUUGGGCUCAGACUCAAGACUGACCUGGACACCACCCGGGCUCAGCUGGACUCCAGUCUAGUGCAGUGGCAGCGCCGCGAGCAGGACCUGCUGGAGCUGCUGGAUCUCCUGGCCCGGGAGGAGUCAGGGAAGAACCUUCAAGAUAUGGGACCAGGGGCUGAUAGGGCUAAUGGGACUGAAGGAUCUGAAGGGUCUGAAGGGACCGUUGGGUCUGGAGCAGAGCUGGACCACAAUGGGACGUGGGUGGAACAGGCCCGAGGACUGUCCAAGUCCUGCACUAAUGAUGAGGACUCAGACACUGGCCUCAGCUCCAUGCACAGCCAGGACUCAGACCACACUCCAGUCUGUGAGUCCCUGGUCUAGACCACCACUUAGAUCAGUAUUGGCGAUAAGCCCUUCCCACAAUGCACCUCCUUAGAGCAAUAAGUGUAGUAUAGC